AUGACGCCCCCAGGCCGCGGGGAGGGCGGCCCCAUCCCCGCAGGGAUCACGGCAGCCCCGGGGGGCGACGCGGCAGCCGCCUGGGAGCCACCGGGGAGCCCCCCAGGGCCGGGCGCCCCCACGGAGCCAGCGGCCGCCAGCACCGCGAGGGACCCGCGCGGGGACCCGCCGCCCUACACGCCGCCGGACCCCAAGAGCCUCUACCUGCUCUUCCCGCCGGCCGCGUCCCGGCCGGGCGCCCAGGGCGGCCUCCCGCUGCCCUACACCAUCGUACGUAGCCGCCCGCUGCCCUUCGCCGUCUGCAACGGGCAGCCGGGGGGCCCCGCGCCGCCCGCCGCGCCGCCCAGGGACUACGUGGUGGAGUCGGCGCUGGUCACCGUCUUCUGCUGCCUGUUCACGGGCGUCGCGGCGCUCGUCUACUCCCACGAGACGCGGGCGGCGCUCCGCCGGGGCGACAUGCCGCAGGCCAGGCGGGCCUCCAAGAAGACCCAGGCCCUGGUGCUCUUCAGCCUCUUCUUCGGGCUCUUCGUCUCCUUCGGUUGGGUCACCUACGUUAUCAUCGUUCUUUACGUGUGA